GCCUUCUCCUCCCCCUCUUCCCCGGCGUUGUGGACGGACUGUCCGUACAUUCCUCGUAUUUCUGGGCUCGGUGGCAGAGGAACGCGGCGGCGGAACGACACGAGUCGACGACACGACGGAUUUGCACACCGUAUGAUACUUUUCAAGGACACGUAAGGCCGAUGUUGGGUCGUGGCGUGAAGCGGAAGUGGAGCUGCUUGGAGGAGCUGGAGGCCGAGGGGGUCCCCGCUGCUUUGGUGGAGGCCAAGCAGCCGAAUGGGGAGGAGGACGAGGGCGGCCUCCUCGCGGGUGUGCCCCCGUGCCACGCCAGCCACCUGCAGCAGCGCCAGAAGGUCCUCGGCCUCUGCCUGGAGAAGCUGCAGCGCUACCAAGCCGGGGUGGAGCUCAGCCUUCGCCGCUCCGUGCUGCUCAUCAACACGCUCAGGCAGAUCCACGAGGACAUGAGGAGCGACGGCGCGGGGACCUGCACGCCCGCCGUCCUCCUCAGCGGGGUGGACCCGGACUCCCGUCUUCUCAGGGAUGACUUCAGGGAGGACACGUCGCUAACGUGCCCCGGGUGUGCAGAAGGAGGUGGGGACGGCCUGUCUGUGUCGCCUCCUCUGUCCCCCGAAUUCCCACCUCAGGAGGAAAACACGCCGCUCGACCAGAAGUCCAGCCCAACAAUCAGUGCUUUCAGUGACGCAGUAAACCCCAUGGGCUACCUCAGCGACCUCGCCCUGGACGACAUCUUUGAGGACAUUGACACUUCCAUGUACGAGACUUCGGACCUGUCCUCUGCCUCAGGGUCGAGCUUGCUGUGGCCUGUCAGCGUGUCGCUGUGGGCGGACGAGGAUGUGAAAAUCCGCCCUCUCAAUCACGGGUCUCCCGGAAGUCUCCAGUCCUGUCUGAUGGAUCUAAAUGAACUGGACCACAUCAUGGAGAUUCUGGUAAAAUCCUGAUGACCAUGAGAGCCAAGCUGCUUCCUGGACCUGGUCUGUUCACUCACUGCCAGCUACGUUCAAACACGGAUGUGAGUGGCGAUGAACUUGAACGUGACCCCGGAUCGUUUAAGGCUCCAUCUGACAAUUUAGCUGAGAAUCAGUUUUACAGAACCAAUUUUAAAGGAACCAGUUUGUGCCUCAAAUUAGAGACAACAUAUUUAUUAUAGCUUUAAAAUGAAUUUCAUUUAUUAGAAAAACACCCACUUUUUUAGCUGUGAACAAACAGGCAUUUUCAUAAACUGCACCUGAGGUAAAUAGUCAGACAAAUUAAUUGUUGAAACAGUUUACAGAACAGAUCAAUUCAUUAGUAAUCGGUCAAGUAAAACGACGAUUGCAGGGUUUCAUAGAAAACGUUAAACUUUUGGCCGAACAAUCAUAAAAAAUAAGCUUUUGCUUGGCCCCUUCGCUUUGGACAAAGAAUGAAAUGAGAAGACAAAUCUAAAAAGAUGAAGAAAGCCGGAUGUAGCGCAGAAGGUUGUACACCUCAGAAACAGCUUGUCUUUUGAGUAAUCUGUGAAUAAACUGAAGUAAAAGGGGCAGGUCUAGACAGAGAUAUUGAAAUGUGUGUCAGGGAAGUGUUGCAACAGGCACCGCCGGACGUCUCAGAUUGAUGCUGUGCCAUGUAGCAGCGUAGAACUUCACAUGAAGUCUGAAUGCAGAUAGAAUCAUGAAUUUCUGAUCAUGCGUGUUUUAAGACACUUUUCUUGAAGUUUGAGUCUAACCAGCAGCAGCAUCCACUGCUUCAGAAGAAGGAACCCGAGCUGCCGCCAUGAAAGCGUCACUCAGGCUGUCGUAUCAGACGCGGGUUGAUUAUUAAUUGAAAUCCUUUGAAUUACUUAAGAGACGGGGUUUCAGCGAGCCAGGAGGGCUAAGGCCUGGGUUUCCUUUUACUGUUGGGACUAAAUCACUUUACUUUUACUCUAACUACGUAUCAUCCGGACAUUCCGGGGAACAUGUGCAUGCGGACACUGAAAUUGGGGAUUUACUGUGAACCUCCAGUCCCCAGAGAUGAAGGCACAGUUAACUUAUACUUUAGAUAAUUUACAGACUCUCAGUGCUUUCGCUGCUUUUGUUGGUCCUCGCGCACCAUCUGCGGCACCAAAUGGGACAAACCGUCAGAGCCUCUAAGAGAAAUCCAGUGAACAGUUUUUCGUUUUGGGCAGCUUGUAUUAACAGUAAAUCCAACAUGUCACGAACACAGCAUUGAACGUAUUUAAACAGUAAUGUAAUCGCAGUCUGACCUGAGGAGCCAGGGUCCUCCGCUCAGCGACCACGAAAACGCUGCCAUAUCUCAGAAUUGUACAUGACACAAGCCUUGAUGGUGUAACUUUCUAUUGCUAUGUUGGGAGUUUUUUCCCUUUUUGAAUCGUUUUGUACGUGUUUGUACCUGAAGUUCUAAUCUCCUGCCCAGUAGAAGGUGAACUAGCCUUCACUAUGUGUGUUUUACUCCUGUUCUACCUCCUGAUGUCUGCUUGUUGUCAGAUUACCUGGACACUCCUGUUUUUUUUUUACCAACAGAAAUCAUUUAAUUAUUAUGUCAUUGUUUGAUCUCAGCUGUAAAUCCAACGCUUCCCUGUCAGACCAAAGCAGUGCGUCCUCAUCGCCGCCAUGAAACUGUGCCUUAUUUCCAUCCGUGUUGAGGUUCCUGUGGCAGUCACUGAUAAAACUAAACUAAGAACUGCGUUGGGGUGUUACAUAAGGCACUCAGAGCUCGUUUCUUCCCUCUUCUUGGCCUUUUUCCUGUGCUCAGCAAACACUACAGGCAUAUGAGCCUAAUGCAUCCCGACAGGCUGACAGUGAACUAGCCGAGGGAGGAGGUGGCAGCGAGGGCCAGCGGGGAAAAAUAGGAGGAGGAGGUGGAGGCGGAGGGGUGGGAGGAAGCUGCGUGCGUCACUUGUUCAGUAGGAGGGCUUUAAAAGCUUGUUUUGCACAGACUCAGACCUGCGACCAAUCGCAUGAGCUGUACGAGGAGAACGCUGCUGCUGCUGCUGCUUCAACAACAACUUGUUUUCUCUCCUGAAGGCUCGGCACCGACACAGUGCGAACCAGUUGGAUUUCAGCUCCAGAAAUCAAACCACUUUCCUUUAAUUUAAAUAAUGUGUCUGAACUACACAAAGCUGCAGUGUUAUUUAUAAAUGUAUAAACAGGGCAUGUGAAGCGCAGAUGUUGCAGAUGUUUAUCAUGAUGUAAAUGUAACUGAAGGAUAUGGUUUAUGGGGAAAAGGAGGAGGAUGAAAAUGUAUUUUUUGUGGACUAUUUUAUAGGUUUUACUCAAUUAUACAGUGAAAAAACUUGA